UUUGAGCGCAUGCAGACAGCGUUCAAGCUGAAGUGCUUGCAGUCAGGCUGGUUAUGUUUAAAGACUGAGCUCUUUUUGCAGCGAAUGAAUGUGCUUUUGUGAGUGUGUUAUCUGCUGUAGAAGUCGAUUCAGAGUUUAAGAGUGAGAGAGAUGGCUCCGAAAAAGGCCAAAGGAGAUGAUGUACCAACGCCACCACCGCCUAUUGGAAGGUUUGGGACUUCUCUCAAGAUAGGGAUUGUCGGAUUGCCCAAUGUUGGGAAGUCAACCUUUUUCAACGUGCUGACAAAGAGUCAGGCUGCAGCAGAAAAUUUCCCCUUCUGCACCAUUGACCCAAAUGAAAGCAGAGUGCCCAUUCCAGAUGAACGCUAUGAUUUCCUCUGCCAAUUCCACAAACCUGCCAGUAAAAUCCCAGCGUUCCUUAAUGUUGUGGACAUUGCUGGCCUGGUGAAAGGUGCUCAUGUUGGCCAAGGCCUGGGAAAUGCCUUCCUGUCCCACAUCAGUGCCUGUGAUGGUAUCUUCCACCUGACACGUUCUUUUGAGGAUGAGGAUAUCAUCCACGUUGAGGGGACGGUAGACCCUGUUCGAGAUAUGGAGAUCAUCCACGAGGAGCUGAGGUUGAAGGAUGUGGAGAUGAUCAUCCCCAUUAUCGACAAGCUGGAGAAAAUGGCCGUUAGAGGCGGUGACAAGAAACUCAAACCAGAAUAUGACGUUAUGUGCAAAAUAAAGAGCUGGGUCAUGGAUGAAAAGAAGCACGUCCGCUACUAUCACGACUGGAACGACAAGGAGAUCGAAGUGCUGAACAAAUACUUGUUUUUGACAUCCAAACCAAUGAUCUACCUCGUUAAUCUGUCUGAGAAAGACUACAUAAGGAGGAAGAACAAAUGGUUGGUGAAAAUCAAGGAGUGGGUGGACAGUCACGACCCCGGAGCCUUGGUCAUCCCCUUCAGCGGCAACCUGGAGAGUCGGCUGCAGAACAUGAGCGAAGAGGACAGACAGAAGUGCUGCAAAGAGCACAAGACGCAGAGCGCCCUGAGCAAGAUCAUUAAGGCGGGUUACGCGGCCCUGCAGCUGGAGUACUUCUUUACCGCCGGUCCAGAUGAGGUCCGCGCCUGGACCAUCCGGAAAGAAACGAAGGCUCCACAGGCUGCGGGGAAGAUCCACACGGACUUCGAGAGGGGCUUCAUUAUGGCAGAAGUAAUGAAAUUCCAGGAUUUUAAAGAAGAAGGCAGCGAGAGCGCUGUCAAGGCAGCUGGGAAAUACAGACAGCAGGGCAGAAACUACACCGUUGAGGAUGGAGAUGUCAUCUUUUUCAAAUUCAAUGCACCAAAUGCACCAAAGAAGAAGUGACUUGGGAAGAAUGUUAUUGUUGUUUACACAACUGAUUUUAUUUUUCAUGGCUUUUUUUGGGCGGAUACAUGCAGUGUCAUCAGAAAGUAUUCACACCCGUUCCCUUUUUCCACUUUUCAAUACAUUACACACCUAUUCUGAAACCAAUUUGUGUAAAGUUUUCUUUUAAAAAAGGGUCUACUCAAAAUACUCCAUAAAGACAAGGCGAAAAUAUAUUGUCAGACAUUUUUGAAAAUUUGUAGAAAAUUUAACACCAACAUAAUAGGUACGUAAGUAUUCACACCCUUUGCUAUGACAGUUAAAAUGGAACUCAGUCAUCUGAUUUCCACUGAUUUCCCUUGAGAUGUUUCUGCAACUUAACAGGAGCCCACCUGUGCUAAAGUUCAAUUGGUUGAAUAUGAUGUCACACAGUUGACAGUGGAUAUCGGAGUAGAAAUCAAGCAAUUAAGCGGACAUGGCGGCCAGCUUGAAUUUUACUCAGAAAAACACUUUGGAGAUUUUUAGAGCGAAGAAACAAAUUAAGGUUUUCAUCAUCCUAAACAAAGCUUUCAUGCCUAAACUCCAAGCAUCAUGUCUGGAGAAAAACAAGCAUUGCUCAUUGCUUUGCUAACACCAUCCCUCCUAUCAAGCAUGGUGGUGGCAACAUCAUGCUGUGUUUUUCUGUGGCAGGAACUGGGUCACUAGAUAAGAUAACAGCAGUCAAAUAUACACUGUUUUUUCUAAGAAAACCUGAUCCAGAGAGCUCUGUAACUCAGACUUGAGUGGCCCAGCCAGAGCUGGACUUAAAUCCAAAUAAAAUUUCAGGGAAAGAUUUAAAAAAUGUCUGUUGUCUAAAACUGCCCAUCAAACCUCACUGAGUUUGGAAGGAUCUACAGAGAAGAAUGGUAGAUACUCAAAGCGGGUGUCCCAAGCUUGUAGAGACCUACAUAAGGAUACUUGAGGCUGACCAAAGGUGCAACAACAAAAUAUUGAACCAUGGCCAUGAAAUACAUGAUUAAUUUUCACAUUUAUUUUAAAAGCUGUUUUCUCCUAUAGUCAUUGGGUACUGUGUGUGUAGAUAAAGAAAUAUUCAGAUCUACUUUAGAAAAAGUCUCUAACACAAAGAGUAGAAAAAGUGAGAGGGUGUGAAUAUUAUCUGGUGGCAUUCUAGCGCCUAUCCAAAGGUUUUGGUUCCCCCACCUUGAGAGCCAAAAAACAGGCUGUGUAAAUUCUGACAGUUUCUCUGUUUAGGUUCGGGAUCGGGGGAUAGACCCCCCCCUCCAAAUCGAAGCAGCAUUUUAAGGAGCAUAUUAGUCUCUAGAUACUUCAUUAAUCUCCAUCACUGGUGCCAGCGCUGACACAGCUGACAGCAGAGACAAUACCACCUGCUCUGCUCCCCCUCCUGCAGAUAAAGCAUGUUUUACAGUAGGCCAGAUGUCUACACUCAAUAAAACAUUUGACGAAAACCA